AAUCUAUAUAUUCAAAAUCAAACUCAUUAAAAUUCAUUUCAAUUUAGAUAAAAGAUGCAUAAUUUGAAAGUUUGCAAAUUUUCUCAUGUGUGCUGCAAUUCUUACAACUCUCCUCCCAAGGUUGCUCAUGUUUGCUGCAAUUCUUACAAAUCUCCUUCCAAGGUUGGACCAAAAUACAAAGAAGGAGCAUCAUUGUGUUCAUGCUUCUCUGAUAUCAUUUCUUUGUUUAACUUUGGUGCAUCCAAGAAAAACUAUCUGAAGUUAGUUUUUGCUAGAUUAAAAUAUAAACAAAUUUGCUGGGAUGAUAGUAUAUUGAAAAAGCAUGUUGAUGUUAAUAACAUGAAUUUAUUGAAAAAUGAAAUUACUGGUGAAGAUUCUGAAGUAGUAAAUGUUGAUGAAAAGUAUUUUCCAGCUAAGCUCAUUGAUGAUUCUUGCUUUAUUUCUCUUGAAUUGAAUGGUUUUUUUGAAUCAUGCCUUCCAAAGUUAUUACAAGGGUGUAAGAAGGUAUUACUCUAUAGUACUUUGAAACAUGGAAUAUCACUUCGUACAAUGAUUCGUAAAACUGCUAAACUUAAUACCCCUGUUUUGCUGGUUGCUGGAGAUAUGCAAGGAGCUGUGUUUGGUGCAUUGCUUGACUGCCCCUUAAUACCAACAACAAAGCCUAAAUAUCAAGGGACACACCAAACUUUUGUGUUUACUAACAUAUAUGGCCAUCCAAGGAUUUUUCGACCUACUGGUGUCAAUAGAUACUAUUACUUAUGUUCCAAUGACUCGCUUGCACUUGGAGGCGGUGGUGGUUUUGCUUUACGCUUAGAUGGAGAUUUGUUAACUGGAACUAGUGGACCCUGUGAAACAUUUGGAAACCGAUGUCUUGCUCAUUCUCCAGAGUUUGAAUUAAAGAAUGUUGAGUUAUGGGGUUUCACACAUGCUUGAUCUUAAUUACAUGAUGUAAGGCUCAUAUGCUUUUGUUGGGACGUCCAAACACAUUCAAUUCUCUCCCUCCAUCUCUCUCGACAUGCUUAAUGAGAAAUACUUGUAUUAUACUGCUAAAAAAAACCAUGGAGUUAAUUUGUCACAUUUGAGUAGUUAAUCACUCAAACAUAAAAUACUUCUUUUGAAAUAGCUUUGUGACUAAUUCAAAAAUCGUAAGUAUGAAAAGGUGGAGAUUCCCGUGUUUAAAAGUAUGAUCUUAUAUGCGAUUUAUGGCUACCAAUUGAAUCUUAAUAACAUAGUAAUGUAUAAUACAUUUGUGUCCUAUGUUUUAUUGAUUU